AUGAGUUUCCAGGUCGGCCAACAAACAGAGCAAGGAGAUCCAACUUUGCCAACUUACACCGCAACAGAUGAGGAGGCUCUGCUGUCAAGGAUAAGACAAACACCUGGUGUUGACUUGCCAAUUUUGCACAUACCUACACAAGAACAACCCUCGCGUUACGCCAACCCCGAGUGGACAGAUGAAGAGUAUCAUCGUUAUGCGGACCGGCAUCGGCUUCAGGUUGACGUUGUGGUCGCUUUUUUCGAAGCCAUUGAGCGAGGUCUCGAUGAUAUCGCAGAACGUUUCAUCUCCACUGGACUCGUCUCACCGGACACGACGGGCAGAAAUGGCGAAACCCCUCUGCUGGCGGCAGUUCGGGUUCGCAAGAGCGGCAUGGUCCGGAAGUUGGUAGAACUCGGUGCAAUUGUUGACGGCUAUGGCAAAACGAUUGAGCCAGGCAUUCUCCGGUGGAAUGAGCACCUAUUUCCGGACAGGACAGCGCUCCAACUGGCAGCUCAGACAGGCAAUCUGGCUAUUGUUAAGAUAUUGAUCGAAGACUAUGGUGCUGACGAUUCAUUGAUUGCCCCAGAUGGCGCAUUGGCUCUACGACUGGCCGCUGCAAAUGGACAUCGCGAAAUAGUCGAAUAUCUACCAGUACGGCGCGGCGGCGCGUGGAAGAGAUGGCGAUAUACCCAUCGAGUGGAAAUGGACCGCGUUCGAAGAGCCUUUCGAGGAAUUGGCGAGUUUAUCACUUUUUUUGCCUGGCACAUGCCCAAGUUUUUUCUAUGGACGGUACCGAAGGAGACGACUCAGGCUGUCACAAAGAAACUUGCUUCGGCGUGGAAACGCCGUCGAGAGCUGGGCGGCUGGAUUAAACGGCAAGCAAUUGAACUCCCUUCACGAGUGCACCAUGCCGGGAAAAGAGUCGCCAAAGGAGUGCGGAAGCUCCCGAAUAUCCUGAAAAGAAUCAUCAUUCGAAUUUGGGGAUACAUAAAGGCACUCCCCAAGGGCGUGAAGAUAUGUGCCCAAUGGAUUGUUGAAGUUCUUAUCAAAAUUGGCCUCUGGAUUGCCCACGUUGCCACCAGAUGUGCCUCCUUCGUACACACUAUCUUUUCGGCAAUUAUCUCCUGGUUUAGGCAGAUCACGCUUAAAGAUGUAUGGAACGGCUUUUGUUCUGUUUUGAAGUCACUCUUUGUGGACUUCCCAAGGUUUCUCUGGAAAUUGACCAAAUCAUUCUCGGAGUUCGCAUACAAAUCCCUUGAAGUCGUGUUUGGCACAUUAGGUCUCUGUAUAUGGUACGGCGUUGCUGGUAUCAUCUUUUUAUUGGGAUACAUCCCACGCAAGCUUUGGCAAAGCAUUCAGGCUAUUGGUCGCAUCAUGUCAAAAGCGAUCGAUGAGGUUAUUGUAUAUUAUAAUCCAAAGAAAGUGUAA